AUGGACCGAGAAAUUCAGGUGAGAGCAAAAAUUAGUGAAGCAGCAAAAUUUUACAGAACCGAGCUGGUCAGUCAUGCAUUUUAAAUCGCUCUGAGUCCACCGCCACACAAACAUUAGAUGAUAGACCUGUGAUCACCUGGGACCAGGUUGUACGGUGGGAGAAAAAGGCAAAAAACGGGCUGAAACACCAAAGCAAAAAAAAAUCGGCGAGCGAAGCGGUGAAAUGGGGAGGAGAAAAGGACAGCGCUACCCUUUCCCCUGCUUAGACUACCGCUCGCCUCGCUUCGCUCGCCGAUGUUUUUUCCUUUUUAAGUCAAUGCGGAUCCUUGUCCCAGGCUAGAAUGAGAGCAAUAACAACUGUCUUGAGUCGAACAGGCGACUAAAAAAAUCAGUCUAAAUUUUUUUUAAAAAAUGAAAACUUAACUAAAACUGUACUUUUAUUUCCAAAGAACUUGGCUCCUUAUGUCUUUUCCUUCCAUAAACAAUAAAACGGAGAGCGAGACUGGGGAGGACGUGUGAGGCUCUUGAGCUACGCUUGAAACCAAAAUUGAUAAAAAAAAAACCGACUGUUUUACAGUCUACCGUCGUCCCGAAUGGCUGCCCAUGCAUGUUCUGCGAGGAUUGGAUAAUCAAAGCCCAUGGAAACUUUUCUUUUUAUUCUGACAAUUGCAGGCCCUCAAAACCAGGUUAAAUGGCGCCCACAUGCAGUGUGAAGACCAGCUCACACCUUGGGCCGCAAAGUCCGAUGCGCCCAUCAUGUUUUUAGACCGACAAAACGUAGAGUGCGCAGGAGGAAAGUUCUUGGCCAGAUUUCACCUCACCAGGCAGGCUUUUGAUGACGACUCCUAUGUUGGCUACGAGUACCGCUGCUGCCAGUUCAUUCUGUAAGGGUGCGACCCAGAUUUGCCCAGUCAGCAGUUGUUAUAACUUUACGUAGUAACAAGUAAAAAUAUAAAACUGAAAUAAAAUCAUACAGCUCAGUUAAGUAUUUGGCUAUUUGAUGGUUAUCAACAGGAGCCAUAAUCGGGGUAGGAGACCUUAACUGGUUACCUUCUCCAGUGAUCGGGCUGGUUCCAACAAAAUAGCCAAAUGUGCUACUUUUAGCACAAAUUGACCCAUCUCGUUUGACACGCGCGCGCGUUUUUCAGCGAGGGCGCCGCGCAAAGGGUGAGCAAACAAAAUGGCGUUGGAAAUUACCCGGUAGGAGAUGAAUUAAUUCAUUUCUGUUAUCAUUCCCAAUUCCCAAUUUGAGGCAAGACCUUGGGGAUCACCUCUUUGUCAAUAACUCUGAAUAUGAGGACUGUGAAUGUAAUCCUGAUCAUAUUAAUCAUCUAAGUGAGAGUGUUUUUGACAAAUCCGGAUACGAAGAGAUGUCGGAGAUCCGUGUGCGAUGA